UUGGGCUGUAAAGCAAUCAGCAAAAUCAGUGUUUCUAAAGCUCUGUUGACAAACAUGUUCCCGCUAGACAGAGAUUGUUUCUUUUUGGGGUGGAGGUGCAAAGGCACGGGAAUGAAAAUUGACUUUUUAAAGGUGUGUAUACAGGAAGCAAGAGCAAGCAAAGUAACAAAACUAGCUUAGAGGGGUCCACUUUUUCAAAUGAGCAUGUAAUUAAUAACACUGAAAAAAUAUCUCCUUUACAGACAUAAAAAAUAACAGAAAUUAUAUUUCAGACUGAAUCAGGUUGGUUUCUUUAGCAAAACACAGCCCACCAAACCAUGACACUGCAAGCAGAGGAAUCAUCGGCCCAAACACUGCUCUGAGGGACUGGCAGAAAGGGUCUCUCUCUGAUAACUCCCUUGGAGUCAGUUCCAAGUGUCUGAUGUGGCCAGUCAUAGAAAGUAUAUUGAGGAAGAGGGAAAAAGACCAGGCCAUAAGUUUCUCAGGCUUUUCUUUCAUCUGGCCUGUAGUGCUUUUUGAGGGCUUUAUGACACAGAGCAAACUGAACUGCUGGGACAAAGAUUGCCUAGUGAAGGCUGCACCUUUUCAGUGGCAGCUACCCAUUCCUCGGCUUUCAAGUUUGGAGCAACAAGAGUGAGUUAGGAGUAACGUGGACACAGCAUAGAUGCCAAAAAUAUAAAGAAGCACACAGAUGCUUCAAAGACACUGAUGCUACUCGGUGCCAGACUUCUUAACAUUGUUAAACUCCUGUUAGCUCUGUCUUAACCGACCCUUCCAGUUUUAAUGUUAGGACCUGCUGAGAGCACCUAUCUAUAGCAGCACUGACCCUUCGCUCGCAGGACGGCAGGGGCAGACGCUGGGUGCCCGGGUAGGCGUUACUGCUUUCAUCAUUCGAAAGGAGGCUUUGCACCUUGCCCCUACCCGAAUUUUGGGGGCAGCUAAGUCUUGACAGCGGCGAUAGGAAGUUGUGCCCCCUCUCUCCCUCCCUGGACAGUAAAGUGUGCCCAGCCGGAGUUCUAAGUGCUUUCGGCGUGCUCCCCGCCCCGCGGCACCCGGAGCGGCCCGCGGCGCUGCCUGCGCUCCUGGCACGACCAGGGGAACGGGCUGUCUCCGGAUUUCCUCCUCUGCCACAGAGGGAAGGCUACCGGGAAGUGCUGUGGGGAGAGCGAGCCUGUGUGGGCUCGGGCAUGAGAGAAAGACACAGCCACCUCUCCGCGGCAGCUCUUUCAAAAGUCCGUGUUAAAUGUGACACCCCGGCGAAAUGGGAGCAGAAGAAAUACCCCUCUACCCGCCCGUCGUAGUCCUCCCCGCCCUUUUCCAUGGAAACUCGUAAAAGGAGGAGGAGUAGAGUUUGCUACGAAAAAGUCUCACCUUGGUCUGAAACAGUUUCAGGCGUUUCUGCUGGAUCGGAGCUGCCCGUCUCGGGGGAGGGGAGGAGGCAGGCAGGGAGAUCCUUGGCUACCUACACAUGUUGAUCGGCUGAAAUGAGGCUUUUCCAGCUGAUCCCUUCUCGGGCUUUAAAACAAAACCCGGCCCCGCGCAGGCGGCGGCAGCUCGGGGCGCCUCGGCGCUGAAGCGCGGCGGGGCCGGGCGAGGCCGGGCAGGACACCGCGGAGCGGGGCGGCGGCUCCCGCCGAAGCUUCGCUUGGAAAAUAAACCUCCACCACUUUCCUGGAGAUCCACGUGAGAGCAGGAAAGCCCGACUGCAAGAUCUCUGCGCUGCUGCAUGCUGCAAUUUUACUUUUUGUUUGCCUUAUAUUUUUUUUCUAUUUGUUUGUUCUUACUUUCAUUUUGAAACCGGUUCCCAGCUGCUUGGCUGAACUUCUGGAGACCAGUGGACCUUUUAUAAUACCUUCUUCUGUUUUAAACAAACUGUGGGUUCUUAAACUUUUCUCUUUCCCCCUACCCCUCACUCCUUAACCCCUACCCUUCAACUUAUGGGGCUAACACUGCAAAGCAGCGGCAGCAGUGGGGGAAAUAGACAGACACUGAUUUAUUUUCCUGUCUUCUAAAUUCUAGUUAAUUCUUCUCAUUGUCCUCAUCACCCAUUUUCUCGAGCUUUUUUUGGCUGCCGGGUGUCGAUCUGUGCAUUGUUUUAUCUGAUCUCGAUCCUUUUGUUGUUGUUGUUUAAAUGCCAUGCACUGCUUAUCUAGAGAGAAAGCUAUAUGGAGACAGAGGCAUAUAGUGAAUGCGUGUGUGUUUCCAUAAGACACACUGUCAAGGGAGCAGAUCAGAAGCAGCCCGGAUCCUGACUCUGACUGUAUGAAUAAGUAAGCAGGAUGCUGAAGACUGUAUGUUAGUUGCCUGUAAGGUUUUCGUAAGUUAAAGGGGGACGGAGGAGGGAACACAGGCCAGAGACAGCUUAGAGUGUUUGUGCAGACGGGGGCGAAGCUCUGACACUUUGCUCCUUCCAGCAUAGCUGCUGCCUCCCAUCAGUAGAGCUCCGCGGUUUGCUGUAGUGCACCCCACCUCCCCUCUCUCCUUCCCCCUCCUUUCUCCCCGCUCCCUUUUCUUUCUUUUCUUUCUUUCUUUCUUUCUUUCUUUCUUUCUUUCUUUCUUUCUUUCUUUCUUUCUUUCUUUCUUUCUUUCUUUCUUUCUUUCUUUCUUUCUUUCUUUCUUUCUUUCUUUCUUUCUUUCUUUCUUUCUUUCUUUCUUUCUUUCUUUCUUUCUUUCUUUCUUUCUUUCUUUCUUUCUUUCUUUCUUUCUUUCUUUCUUUCUUUCUUUCUCUUUUUUUUUUUUCUUUUUUUUCUUUUUUUCCCCUCUCCCCGAGGUAGUUUGCUAAUGUGCAGCCCGGAUCCAUCUUCUGGCAGCAUCAGCGGGACCGGGGUCUGCGGCGCGGUGGGCGCGCAGCGGGGCGCGGGCCCGGCGCGGAGCGGGACACGGGCAGCAGCCGCCGCCGCCUCCUCCGCGGGAAGUUUGGCUGGGGUUUGACAGAGGCGAGGGGAAGCCCUGACAGACAGGAUCUCCCGGCCUGAGUCCACACCCUGUGCCCACCCACACACCCAGCAACUUUUACCCGGCGAGGGGGCAGGGGGGGCAGCGACGCUCAUGCUCCUCACUCUGUGUCGCACCGGUCUGACUGGGGCUACCUAGGCAGCACCGUCUCUUGGAAGAGCCUCCAGGUGGAGAAGGAAAAAAUUACCAACCUCCCCCAAAACCUAUGGUUUCUCCAUCCCUUACCCUUCUUUCCCAAACCGGCGUGUACAGCAGAGCCGGCCGCCUAGUUCACCCUCGCCCUGCUCGCCACCUCUCCGCCCGAGGGAGGAUGAAGAUGCUUUGCUGGAGGAUGGCACUGUGGCUGGCCGGGUGGACUGUCUGCGGGAAGCCUUCUUCCUGCUCUGGCCUUGAUUAUGACUACACUUACGAUUUCACUGAAGAGGAUAAAGCCGAGGCGAUAGAUUAUAAGGAUCCUUGCAAAGCCGCUGUCUUUUGGGGAGAUAUUGCCUUAGAUGAUGAAGACUUAAAAAUCUUUCAAAUUGACAGGACGAUUGACCUUACGCAGCACUCCAAUGAAAGACUUGGCCAUAAUACAGGUGGCUUUGGAGAGCAUGGAAUGUCAAAAAAAUGCAGUGCCCUCUAUCAGCUUAUAGAGAGGAUAAGAAGAUUUGGCUCUGGUUUUGAGCAAAAUAAUAUAUCUAAAGGAAGGACUACUGUAAAAUUCUCAGGGAAAAAUGAGAAAAACCGAUUUCCCAGAGCUGCUACAUCACGAACAGAAAGAAUAUGGCCAGGUGGUGUCAUUCCAUAUGUAAUAGGUGGAAAUUUCACUGGCAUGCAGCGUGCCAUGUUCAAGCAGGCCAUGCGGCACUGGGAGAAGUACACCUGCAUCACCUUCAUCGAGCACAGUGAUGAGGAGAGCUACAUUGUCUUCACCUACAGACCCUGCGGAUGUUGUUCUUAUGUGGGUCGAAGGGGAAAUGGUCCUCAGGCUAUAUCUAUUGGCAAGAACUGCGAUAAAUUUGGCAUAGUUGUCCAUGAGUUGGGUCAUGUGAUAGGUUUUUGGCAUGAACAUACACGACCAGACCGUGAUGACCAUGUCACCAUCAUUAGAGAAAACAUCCAACCUGGUCAGGAAUACAACUUUUUGAAGAUGGAGCCUGGAGAGGUGAACUCCCUUGGGGAACCAUAUGACUUUGACAGCAUUAUGCACUAUGCCAGGAACACUUUCUCAAGGGGCAUGUUUCUGGAUACCAUUCUCCCUUCCCGUGAUGACAAUGGUAUACGACCUGCCAUUGGCCAGCGUACCCGUCUAAGUAAAGGAGAUAUUGCACAGGCAAGAAAGCUGUAUAGAUGUCCAGCCUGUGGAGAAACACUGCAGGAAUCUACAGGCAACUUUUCUUCUCCUGGAUUUCCAAAUGGUUAUCCUUCUUACACACACUGCAUAUGGAGAAUCUCUGUGACCCCGGGAGAGAAGAUCAUUUUAAACUUUACCACCAUGGACCUUUACAAGAGCAGUCUCUGUUGGUACGACUAUAUUGAAGUAAGAGAUGGCUACUGGAGAAAAUCCUCUCUGCUUGGCAGGUUUUGUGGUGACAAACUGCCAGAAGUCCUUGCAUCCACCGACAGCAGGAUGUGGAUUGAGUUCCGCAGCAGCAGCAACUGGGUUGGGAAAGGUUUUGCAGCAAUUUAUGAAGCUAUUUGUGGAGGUGAAAUUCACAAAAAUGAAGGCCAGAUCCAGUCUCCCAAUUAUCCUGAUGACUACAGACCAAUGAAGGAAUGUGUGUGGAAAAUAACAGUGUCAGAAAACUACAAUGUAGGAUUAACCUUUCAAGCAUUUGAGAUUGAAAGACAUGACAACUGUGCAUAUGACUACUUGGAAAUCCGAGAUGGAACAAACGAGAACAGUCCUUUAAUUGGUCACUUUUGUGGCUAUGACAAGCCAGAAGACAUUAGAUCUACCUCUAAUACCCUGUGGAUGAAGUUUGUUUCUGAUGGAACUGUUAACAAAGCAGGGUUUGCAGCUAACUUUUUUAAAGAGGAAGAUGAAUGUGCCAAACCUGACAAUGGUGGCUGUGAGCAGCGCUGUGUAAAUACCCUGGGCAGUUACCAGUGUGCCUGCGAUCCUGGCUAUGAACUUGGUCCUGACAAGAAGAGUUGUGAAGAUGCUUGUGGAGGACUCCUGACAAAACUAAAUGGGACUAUAACCACACCAGGAUGGCCAAAAGAGUAUCCUCCAAACAAAAACUGUGUGUGGCAGGUGGUUGCCCCAACGCAAUACCGAAUUUCAAUGAAGUUUGAGUUUUUUGAGUUAGAAGGGAAUGAAGUUUGCAAGUACGAUUAUGUGGAGGUUCGCAGUGGCCUUUCUUCUGAUUCCAAACUCCAUGGCAAGUUCUGCGGUACAGAAGUGCCUGAAGUUAUCACCUCCCAGUACAACAACAUGCGGAUUGAGUUUCGAUCUGACAACACUGUCUCAAAAAAAGGCUUCAAGGCACACUUCUUCUCAGACAAGGAUGAGUGUUCAAAGGACAACGGUGGCUGCCAGCACGAGUGCAUCAACACAGUAGGAAGCUACGUCUGCCAGUGCCGGAAUGGAUUUGUGCUACACGAAAAUAAACAUGACUGCAAGGAAGCUGAGUGUGAACAGAAGAUCCACAGUCCCAACGGCAUCAUCACGAGUCCCAACUGGCCUGACAAGUAUCCCAGCAGGAAAGAGUGCACAUGGGAAAUCAGUGCCACCCCUGGGCAGAGGGUCAAACUGACAUUCAAUGAAUUUGAAAUAGAACAACAUCAAGAAUGUGCUUAUGACCACUUGGAAGUGUUUGACGGUGAAAGUGAAAAAUCACCAAUCCUGGGACGCUUAUGUGGCAAUAAAAUACCAGAACCUCUCAUUGCUACUGGAAACAAAAUGUUUCUUCGCUUUAUUUCUGAUGCAUCAGUUCAAAGAAAAGGCUUCCAAGCAACUCACUCUACAGAGUGUGGUGGUCGGUUGAAAGCCGAGCUGAAGCCCAAGGACCUGUACUCGCAUGUUCAGUUUGGUGAUAACAACUACCCGGUUCAGGCAGACUGUGACUGGCUGCUGGUGGCUGAGCACGGCUCUCGCGUCGAGCUGAUGUUCCAGACUUUCGAGGUUGAGGAAGAGGCAGACUGUGGCUACGAUUACGUGGAGCUUUUUGAUGGUCAUGAUAAGACAGCAGACAGGCUUGGUCGAUUUUGUGGAUCUGGGCCACCAGAAGAAAUUUAUUCAUCAGGGGAAUCUCUUUUACUUCACUUUCACACUGAUGAUACAAUCAACAAAAAAGGAUUUCAUAUACGACACAGAAGUAUAAAAUAUCCAGAUAGCAUACACACCAAAAAAUAACACAAGAACCUCUAUGCCAGAAAAGAAGAGUGAGAAAGAACGCACAGUGAAAAGGAAGGAAGGCGUCAUUUUUUUUUUUAAAAACUGAAGUUAUUAGCACAAAUGUUUAAUAUAAGUUCAGUUGAAAUGCUGACUUGUAAGACCAGAGACUGAAAUAAAUAAACGAAGAAAAUCACCUUCCCCAGUGGAAUAGUCAAGAUGAUGAUGUGCAGGCUCCGUACUUGACUGUCUCUACAGAGCUUGUGGAAGGACUUUGCAUGCAGGGAGAAUAUAAAAGCUUUUGUUCAUGGUCCAGUAUUUGCUAGAACCACGUGUGGAUUCAAUCAGUUUCAUUCAGGGGAAGUGACCCUGCAGACCAUUCUUCCUUCUGACAAUUAUAUAGUGUCUAGGAGGAAAAGAAACUCUUUUAGGUCACACACUCAAAAUGCUGUCUUUCUACCUAGUUGCUUUGACUUUGAAUCCUGCGUAUGGCGUGUACAAGGAUUUGAAAGAAGAUAUAAAAUGGGAAGGCCUUCCUGCAUUGUUCUAUAUUUUUUACAAAUUUACCUGUCAUGUCAGGUUAUCAGUGUUUUGAAACUGGAAAAUCCUACUUCUGAAACAUAACUGAUCUAUAGAGUAUUUUGUUUUACUAAUGACUGAGAAGUCUGAACUGUUACAUCAGUCAUCACUAGUGACCAAUCACCAGCAGACUGAAUUGUAAUGGUAUAAGCAUCUGAAAAUGUUUGUCUUACUGGUUAAGUAAGCUAUCUCUGAUGAUGUGCUCUUAUUUUGCACUGAAUCUAGAAAGAGACUGAAAUGAAAACCUGUUCUGAAUCAAAAUCUGUAUCCAUAAGAAAGAGAAAUGGUCAAGGAUCAUCUGAAACUCUUCCUACUGAAUUUGUUUUCAGCAGUACAUUUGAAACCACUGCUAAGCUUUAUUUCUUUGGACCUUUUUGUGAAUGAGCUAUUUGCCUGAUUCAGUUACUGAGAAAUGAAGCUGCAGUAGUGUCAAAAAGACAAGUUUCCCAAAGAGGUUUCUGUUAGGUUUUGUUUUUUUUUUUUUCCUUAAGAGUAAGACUAUCCAUGAUGGCGAAAAAAGCAAAACAAAACAACAGACCCAGGAUUUUUUUGAUAUCAAGUGUGAAUUCCUAUGGUGCUAUUCCAUGAACAUUAAAAAACAAACCAAGAAGUUUUAGACUUUUGAGCCAACCGUUUGCAGAUCAUGAAUGUUUCACUGUACCUGGCUGCAUGUGGAGAAGGAAGGUUUUAUUGCUCCGAUGGAAAGCGGAUUGCAAUGGCAGUGCUAUUCCUGUGGAACAACUACUAUUAUUGCCUUAGAAUCCUCGCACACAAUCAGACAGAUCUUCCUGUAGAUACACUUCUAAAUUGAUAAAUAAUUUGACAACUCGAGCAUCUUAGCAUACACUAACAAAAGGAUCUUCAAGCAAAAGCCCCAUCUGCAGAGAGAGAUCAUCUGCUGUAAAUACAGUGACCUGCUUUUGAUGUAGAAUAUGUUACAUUUAGAACUGAGAUAUUCUAUGUGCAUUAGGCCAUAUAUGGCUCUAGUCAUAAUGUAUAUACAUUAUGUAAGUAUUGUAUGAAUGAGUGCUCCAGGAGAGUGAGAGGUAUAGGUGAAUAUGGAAUUGUUAAUUUAUGUGCCAAGUUCUAUCAGGACCCUGUUUGACUGUAGCAACUUUUCUUUAAAGGCUUCAUAGACAGAUAACAAGGACUUCUAGUUUGCAAGAAUCAAAUUUAAAUAAAUAUUAUGUUUCACUUACAAGAAAUAUUAUUUUGAUAUCCUUUGAUAUAAGUUGCUACUCAAAUUAGCUUAGUUUUUGUUUCCUUCUAUGAACAUACAUUGGCACUAAUAAAUCUGACCUUUUUUUAUAAAAAUAAAAA